UCCACCUAGAACCCCGCGUUCUCCGGCAAAAUACGCGACUCUCACGUGCUUAUUUGCAUUCCCAUUAUCGAAAUACCAGAGCAAACAAGCGAAAGUCUUAUUUAAAAUAGGAUUACCCGUUUUAUAGGCCUACUAAGCGCGUUUAAAUAUUUUUCGGACAAGAUUUUCGUCUAAUUACAACAAAUUUGUUGCAUUGAGACGCCUACUUGAUUAUCCCGUGCCAAAAAUGCGGCCAAAAUAAGAUAAUGAAAAUAAUAAGAUGGGUUGUUUUGACGUGAUAAACUUUUGUUAGUUUUAGGAAUUAGUGCCAGUUAAGGAUAAAGUGUGUUGUUCGUUUUGAUGCUGAAACAUGGUUAUUCGCAAGUGUGAAGCACGAUUGUGGAAAUGAUGUUUGUGAUAUAUUGGCUUAUCUUUUUGAGGAUCCUCCACGGGAGUAUGACCUCAGCCAGGACCACUCAGUAUUGCACCUUCCAAAAGGACAAGCUCAAGUGCCACGAGCACCUGCCCAACAUUCCCUAUCCGAGCAACAUAACGGUCCUGGAACUGUCGGACCUGAACUGGGAGAUUCUUGACUUGAACAACAUCGCGAAUAAGUUUCCCAAUCUUCAGCGUCUGUCCGUAAUUGGAAGGAACAUCGUAAGAGUGGUACCACCAGAGAAUGAAACCAGUAUAAAGGUACUGGAAUUGAGACGUUUGACGAUAACAAACAUCAGCUCCACGUUGCUAAGUAACUUUCCCAGCAUCGAGGAUUUAAUCCUCGAAGGAAACCACUUGUAUUCCCUCGACAAGAAUUUUUAUUUGGGGCCCCUGCAAAGGAUAUAUCUCAAACACAAUAAAUGGAAAUGCUCAGAGGAUCUGGAAUGGGUCUUAAAUUUAAACAGGACCAUUGUCCAGGACAUCGACGAACUAGUUUGCCAUGGAAUACCCCAUUCUGGGAAACCGCUUUUUCCCAUUGCUCAGUACCUAAAAGAUAUCAAGGACCAAUGUACAGAAAAAUGUAACUGCUUACUGGCGCACGUAGUGAGAGACCCCAAAUCCGAUCUAUUGGAGCCCAUUAUACUGGUGAAUUGCUCAUACAGAGACCUCACGGAACUUCCCUCAAAACUGCCGCACAAGACUAACAUUUUGCACCUAGAAGGAAAUUCGAUAGAAAAUCUCAAACCGCUCAAAACCAACCCGGCAUACAGAAGUCUGAUGGAUUUAUAUCUGGACAAUAAUAAGGUCAAUAGUAUUGGUGUGUUGGAAGGGUCCCAUUGGCUGACGCACCUUAGGGCGUUUUCUUUAAAAGGAAACAAAUUGAUCAAGUUACCUGUGUAUGCCCUGGACAACGCCUUAGAGAAAAAUAUAAAUAUGCCCAACGCAGUACGGAUUCUUUUUGGCGGUAACCCCUGGCGCUGUGACUGUGUAUUCGUUCCAGUAUUUCAGGAAAUGCUUCAAAAAUAUGCACCACAAAUCAAGGACAUCAACGAUAUUAGAUGUGCAUAUGUUGAAGGGGACGAAAAUUCAUUGUUACCAAUAGCUGAGUUAUCGAGAAGCUCAGUAUGUAAAUAUCCCACAGAAUAUUCCGUACAAGAAGCUUUAGACCUGCUAAACGCCGUGUUGGCCUGCCUCAUAUUGUUUAUUCUGGGCAAACUGGCCUAUGACUAUUACCACUUCAAAAGGAGUGGUCGUCUGCCAUGGAUCGUUACUAAAAUGCCUUAAUUCCAUUGUUUAUGUUAUAUUUAUGUCUGUUUCGUGUUGAGUUUUCAAAUAAAUAUUAUUUUU